CACUACUAGACACUGGUUCCCAUGGGUAUUUGAUUUAUGAGCGAUAGCUAUCAACAUAAUUCUCCUAUAGUCAAGGCUGCUAGAGGAGAGUAAUUGUCGUGUUGCCGCUCGUGGCUAUACCUCGGAGACAGACUUUUGAUUUUGGCGAAUAUUUUUGAGGUUGGGACUCUGCGGCGGGAGGGUUUACUGACUUUCCCCUGUCGCUUUUGCCAUCACACUCUUCGCUUGAUUCACGAAUCCUCACCUCCAUAUUCUCUAGCCACGGCCAUCCUGACUUUGCAUUCCGCUUUUUCAACUACUUCAGAGUGUGUUCGGGACUCAAAGAGCCUCGGGAGUCAUGGACAAGGCUCAAUCCGAUUUGGUUGUGUGGUAUAAAAUCGAAACAGAGUUCCGUCAGGAUCAUGUCACACACACAAUAUAUGUGGAGAAAGCGAGAUGUAGGAAUGAGAAAGUGAAGGAAGUUUGGCGAGAUUGUGAGGAACUCGGCAGGGGGGGGUUCGGUGUCGUCCAUAAGCAGAUUCAGAGGGCUACUGGCCACUACCGCGCGGUAAAGACGAUUGAUAAAUCGAGGCUGCCUCCCGAUCUCGAUUACUCUAGGGAGCUUCUUGUGAUGGCCAUAUUGGCAAAGCGUCCGUCAUUGUUUGUGGAGUUUCUGGGAUGGUUCGAGCAACCCGCGAAUCUGUACAUUGCAAUGGAAUAUCUUGAGGAAGGUGAUCUCACCAAGCAUAUCGGUAAACCAUUACCGCAAGACACCGUUCGAAAUAUUUCAAUUCAGAUACUCGAGGGCCUCGAAGUAAUGCAUCAGCAGGGGAUAGCUCAUCGGGAUCUAAAGCCUGCGAAUAUUUUUGUAGUUUCCAUGUCUCCCGUCUGGGUCAAACUGGGGGAUUUCGGAAUAUCAAAACGGAUCCAGGAAGCUUCCACGGAAUUUCGCACCCAGGCAUUUACUCAAGCCUACAGCGCUCCCGAGGUUCAGGGGUUGGACUCCAAUAGCGAAACCUCUGCCUAUACGAAUUCUGUUGACAUUUGGUCGCUCGGAUGUGUUAUAUAUGAGUUACUUGUAGGGACGAUGCUAUUCCCAGGAGAAGGUGAUGUAGCCCGUUACUUCUUCGGGAAAUUGCUCUUUCCCGAGGACAAAUUAAAAGGGUUAUCGCCCCCAACAGACGAUGUCGGAAUUUUAUUAUUAAAGUCCAUGCUUGCAAUUCAACCCGAGGGACGCCCCACCGCGGCUGGUGCGCUGGAUCAUGUGUGGUUGGCGGAACUUGAGGAUGGUGAGGGUAGCGGAGAUGCCCAAGGUGAAACGGCACAGCGUCGACCAAAAGAAAGGAUCAGGGGGAUCCGGACCUCCCGGAACAACACAGAGUACACCCUGGGAAGCGUAGCUUCAGGGCCGGGUCCGGGAAAUUAUCCUACCACCCCGAUUAGCACUGCUAUAUUGACACCACCGAAUACGGCCCCCGUCGAGGGCCCAUCGGCGCGGGAGGGGUCCCCGAAACCGGGACCGACAGCAGACGCCCCACAAUCACCAAGCGACCCAUCCCAAGAGCCCGAAGGCGCAAAGGAAGAAAUGGAUCCGCAAUAUCCCGCAAACGUGUCUCCAGGAUCUCCCACAGGUGAUCCUCCGACGCCCGACCCUCACAAUGGAGAUGGACCUCAAUUGACCCCGGUGACAAAUGGACCGGUGGAACCCGCCCCAAAUCACAACGCCCCCGCCUCCGCUCUAGAUGUACCUACAACGAGAAUUGCGCACCGACGAACCUACCCUACCCGGAAGAGCAGGUUCAGGUCAGAUGAUUCGGAAACUUCAGAGGACGAAGGCUCGCCGAAUUCUACGCCUAAUGCCCUCAAUGGGGAGGGUGGCGGGGGCCGGGGCGACACAGACAUCAAUCCACUGAACAUUCCUAACAUUGGGCAAAGCCCUAAUGCAGGACAGAACCCUAAUGACGGACAGAAUCCUGCCGCUGACUCGGAUCCUAGUCAGGGUCCCAAUGUUGGAUUAAACUCUAACUCCGAUGGAGAUCGGACCCCUAGGCGAGAAUUGGGCACUGGAGGGAACUCUGGUAUUGGGUGGAGCCCCAAUGCCGGAGGAAACCUCGGACUGAACCCCCAUCUCGUGCUGAACCCAAGCCUGCUGGUAGCCGAGCCUAGGUCAGGCUGAGAGAACAAUAUCAUACCAGCGACAGAAGUGGAGGGGGUGUAGGAAACCGGGGAAAUACAUCACACAUCAGGGGUGACUGAAUCAUGAAGUGGAAUGAAAUUUUUGGCUAGGUUCAGAAAGAUCAAUCGUAAUUUUUAUUGCUAUCUACCUGUAUUUACAAUGUCAAGUUUGAACUUACGAAAUCGAAGGGAAUUCGCU